AUCCUUCAGUCAAGCAACUUCUGGUUACUUUCCUCUGCUUAACCUGCCAUAGGACUAAACUUCCAAACACAAGCGUAUAUUAUUGAGUGAGAGAGAAAUAGUUGUUUUACGCAAGUAAAACCUAACGUUUACCUCGGUGUAUUUUUCCAAUCCAGCAAGGAUAACUAUAAAAUUAUAUACGGAAGAGAGACAAAUACGCGAUAAAGGAACUUGUUCACUUGAUGGUGAAACAUCGGACAACCGCGUUCCAACCUCCGAGUAGAGAAACUGAAUGACUGACUUUUUUGAGUAUCUUCUGCGUGCGCCACGGAGUCUGGUCUCAUCCGAGGGGCAAGAAUCUAUAGAAGGAGCUCCAGGCACAAAGCGUGAUAGACACAUUUAACAUUGAAGCAAGUCAACAACUCAGUGGACUCAUCACCUGUCCGCAUUUGACGACUUUUGGAUUAUAGUUUGCUCCCUCUCAGGACACUUCAUUUAGUCAGCCUACUUUCAUAAUCGUAUUUGUUGAACUGAUAAUACGUUUGAUUUCAGUUGUAAUCUACUUUAAAGUCUAAUAGUCCGCAUUGAUUUAGGCUAAAUGCGUUACCUGUUUGGGGCCUAUUUGUCUUCGGAUAUGUGGUCGAAAUUGUAAUGUUUGUGUGGGCAUUCCGUCAAGCGCAGAAUAGAGCAAAGCGUAGACCAGUGGACCGUAAGAACGCUUGGAGAGAUUGUGGUUUUCUAGUUUUGCUGUAGUUAGUGAGAAACGAGAGCAACUGAAUGUUUCUCAAGCAGCUACAUCCUGGGCAGAUGAUAUAGCUCAAAGUCAACCGUCUCUAUCGUUUUGAGAUAAAACAAGAUUCCAACUCAACAUUUCACUGCGCCGCGCGCAUUCAGCUCCAUCCCCCUGAAACCGCAGGACUUGAGCUGUGAAACGCCGAAAAGCGGGAAAAGACUGUUACUUUCCUAAAAACCCAAACCACCCUCCAGAAACCUAGUGAAGUGGCCUUGACACAAGCUGUUGUGAUGCAUAUUCCCGUAGACCCUACCACCACCAGACGGUUCACGCCGCCAUCCACGUCGUUCCCCUGCAGUAAGAUUGGAGACGGCAGCGGGACCAUGGGCACUCCUGGGCCGCUGAGAACACGACCUGAGACAAGGAAUGUAGUGGACGUCCUGGCAGACCACGCUGGAGAGUUGGUCCGGACUGACAGCCCAAACUUCCUCUGCUCCGUGCUUCCCUCACACUGGAGGUGCAACAAAACUCUGCCUGUGGCUUUCAAGGUUGUCGCACUUGGUGAUGUGCCCGACGGGACCCUUGUUACAGUGAUGGCGGGAAACGACGAGAACUACUCUGCGGAGCUGAGAAACGCGUCUGCGGUGAUGAAGAACCAGGUGGCCCGGUUCAACGACCUGCGUUUUGUUGGCAGGAGUGGACGAGGCAAAAGCUUCACCCUGACCAUUACAGUGUUCACCGGCCCACCUCAGGUAGCCACCUACCACCGUGCCAUCAAAGUCACCGUGGACGGACCAAGGGAACCACGCAGACACAGAGUGAAGAUGGAGGACCCCCAGAAGAUGCAGUUCUCUGACCGGCUCAGUGAGAUUGAGAGAUACCAGCGUGCGGGCCUGAGGAUGGGCCCAGGGAACACCAACCCCCGGCCCAUCCACCAGGGCCUAAGCUCCUCCACACAGUCCCAGAUAGCUCUGUGGUCGGAGCAGAUGGACACCCCUACUCUGAAGACCUGCAAGGUGGAGGACGACCUCCGACCCUGGUCAGGAACCCCAGAUCUGUUCCCCCAGAGGAGCUCCUUCCCCUCCCUGUCCCCGCUGACGGACCCCCGCUUCUCAGACCCCCGCAUGCACUACCCCGGGGCCUUCACCUACUCUGCCAACCCAUCCACCACUGGCAUCGGGGGUCUGAGCGUGACAGGCAUGUCGGCCUCCUCCCGCUACCACACCUACUUGCCCCCGCCGUACCCGGGGAACCAGAACCAGAGCAGCCACUUCCAGUCCAACACCUCGCCCUACCACCUGUACUACGGCACUGGCUCUGGUUCCUACCAGUUCAGUAUGGUGGCUCCGGGGGGAGCCGGGGGCGAGCGCUCCCCCACCCGCCUGCUCUCGUGCUCGGGGCCAGUGGCCACGGCCGGAGGCAACAGCCUGAUGAACCCGGGCCUCAGCAACCAGAGCGAGGGGGUGGAGGCGGACGGCAGCCACAGCAACUCCCCGACGACCAUGAGCGCAUCUGGACGCAUGGAUGAGUCUGUGUGGAGGCCCUACUGACUGUCUGGCAGCUAGACCACCAGGAAACGCAGGAGAGAGGGGGCAUACCAGGAAAGAAGGAGUUAACAAAAAGAUUAAUUAAAAUAGAAACAAAAAUGCUGCAUGUUUGUCUUUUUAUGUCCGGCAAAUCGCUUUAUUGCCUUCUACCAAAAGACGUUUACUGUCUGCCAUUUCUUUUGUAAGCCUUGGGUAUCUCCUGCACUGCCUGUGCCAGGAAAUACACUCUUCAAAAGACUCUGAAAGCCAUACAGAUAGACAAUAUCAUUCUUCUUCAGAAAUAACUCAAGAGACCCGAGUACAAACUGUAAAUCGAAGUUAUGGUACAAUUACAAAGCCAUAGUAAUAUAUCAGGAUAGUUUGAAAAGCAGGUACAAAACGUUUUACCAAAGACACUUGGAGUUUGAGGAAAAAAUAUGUAACAGAUUUGUGCAGCUGAUGAACAGAAAAUGCAGUUGAUAUUCCGGCUAAUCAGCCGACAAGACCAAAAUUAGCCUCAUCAUCAUCCUCAUGACAAAGUGACACAAACGUCUCUGGGUGUUACCUGGAGAGCAUCCAUUGACUCUAUUACCUGAACUGCCUGUGAUUGACCAGGGACAUCGGGGGUUGACAUUUGCUCCACAAGUUAGCGGAACCUUUCUUACAGUAGAUAUCACUCAUAUGCAACAGCAGUUGGCUCUUGAUGCUAAUGUUACAUUUUGGGUUUCGAUGAUGAAGAUGACUCAAUCGAUGACAAACUGUCAAGAGCAUUACUCCUCACAGUGUGUAAAGUUCUCACAGUACGAAAGCAUUGCCUUAAAUCAAAUGUAUGAUUUUGCUGAGUGAUACAACAACCCCAGGAGCAAUGCGCAUUUUUAAGUAACAACAUGGCGCUUUUGUGUGAGAACCUUGUAAAUCUGACUCAACCCAGAUGUAUAAAGAAAUUGUCUUCUCUCUCCGGUUGUCGUUGAUGUAUUUAGUAUCUAUGCAGUAGAAAAAUGGCGGACAUUUUGAAGAAUGUCAGAGACUAAAGUAGAGGUGUUUUAAAACAGGAACAUUUUCUCGUUGUUUUUGUUAUUGUUAUUUGGACUGUUUUCUUGGGUAUAUACUGCAGUUAUUCUGAACAUUUUUUCUGCAAAAUUGUUUUAGUAUAGUAUGUUUGAACUGGAUGACAUGGUUUACUUUUUGUAUUUAUUUGAGCCAAAUUUGAGGAAACGUUCACUUAUGCCCAAAACAUUUACAAUUUUUCUCUUUUCUUUUUUGAUAGCUAUUUUGUUUGUUUGUCUAAUAUAAAAUUGGAAUUUGUGUAAUAUAUUGCUUCUAAAUUAUGAAAAAAAACUAAACUUGUAAUGUUAUUAUUUUGUAUUCCAAUGUAGCUUUGAUGCACUAAAAACUUUUACAUUAUUCCUUAUGAACCACACCCAACAUCAAUUCCGCCAAUUAGAUCGAGGGUUUCCUCCUCUACCAUCACCUUAGAGCAACAUUCAAAGUCUAUUACUUUUUGCACUAUGUUUAGACAUUUCUCAUGGGCCAUUGUGUAUUUUCACAACAACAACAAAAAAACACACACAAUUUAUACAGACUUGCAUCAGCUACACACAUUCCUGUGCCACAGGUGUGGGUGUGCACGUUCCCACUGUCCUGAGGGUCUUUCCCAUGCUGUCACCCACAUGAUCCCUCCAUCCCUGGAGGAAGACAAGGGUAGGGAUGAAGAUAUUGAGAAGUGUGUGUGGGGGGGGGGGGGGGUCACCAAAGUAGGAUCAUCUUACCAACACCAAGGGCUAUCUUUGCCUUAACAACAAAAAACUAGCCAUUGUUGUGAACAGGACUCUUUGUUGGGAUAUCUUUGAAGCCUUUAUGGUCACGAUUUUUCUCCUUUCUGUUGUAAUUUACUGGUCAUUAGUGUCAGUGGCUCCGGGCCUGACCGAAGAUUGAUAUGUCUGACUAGCUGUCCACCAUCUUUGUGUGAGCCCUGCUGAGUCACUUGUGUCAUGGUUUCAGAUGUCUGGACUUGAGAGCUUUUAUUGAGGGAUUGGAUGGAGGAUGGGGCUUUUUAAGGAUAUAUAGAUCAUCAAUAGAAAUGACUGUUGAUGAUCUCAUAUAUGUUACACAAUUUAAGUUUUAAUCAUAAGGAUCCUUGCCAAUUAACCCCCCCCCCACCCCCCCAAUGUCAAACAAUUGACAUAUUCCAAAGAAUUGUCGCUCAGGAAAAAGGAGGUUGUGCUAAAGUAGACCCCUAUGCCUUAUUUUAUUUGUGAUAAUCAAACGUUAAUCAGAUUUAUGCUGAUCUCCUGUAGGGGGAUGCUUUUCAUUUUCCCAACUGAGUCUCUAUAUGUCCCUUUGGGGGAGAACAACGAUUUAUUAUGGGUAACAAUCAUGCAGCUAGAAAAAGCGCAUGUGUACCUUAAACACAUGUGGCUUUAUCACAACCAAAGAUUUUCACUUUGCCUGUAGUAUCACUUUUAGAUUCUGUUAUGUGACAAGAUAUGUUUUGUGGUAGCUUAAUUGUCAUGGGCUGUCAAACAAAACUUGUGCAACUUGUGAAAAAAUGGUUGUGUAUUUUUUAUUGUAUGUCAAAUGCAAAAGCACAAGGCUUUUUUACAUUUCUUUCUAAAAAAACCUCCUCUUCAUUUUGUUAUACCAUAAUGUCAAAUCAUUUUGCUCUUUCUUUCUUUUAUGCUCAAAGCAUGUAUGUCUACACCUGAUAUGUUAAUUUAAGAAUUUCAUCCACUUAAUAUUCUUCAAAACUCUCUAUUAAGUGCUUGUAAAGUGUGCGGAUAAUGUAGUUUUUAAUCAUUUUAAUUAAAAAAGACACUUCUCUCACA